CUCCGCGUCUCGCGUUGCUCGGCAACCGGUCUCCUGGACGACGAAAGACGCUGAGCACCGGCAGCAGCAUACAGGACAACCUAGACCUCAGGGGCCAUGGCGCAGAAACCAAUGAGCAUCGCAGAGGCCGAGCGCAUGAACCUCGUGGCCCAGGACCAGAUCUGGAGAUACCGCCUGAAGGCUGAGACCGAAGCACAGCAAAACUGGGCCCAGAACUGGGGAUUUUUAACAACCCCUCUUGAGGAGUUGAUCGAAUGUGAAGAUGGACCCCCCGCCCCAAAGCCCAGGAUCGAGCUUCCCCAGAGGUUCCACAUCCGGCCGGUGACCCCCGUGGAGAAAUAUAUCAAGGUCCUCCCCUCGCCCCCGGUUCCGAAGACCACGCAGGGCUUCAUCGGCUGGCGGUCAGGGGUGCCGGGCCUGAACAAGUGCCUGGAGUACGGAUCGGAGAUCAGGAGCUGCAAGGGCGCCUAUGCCAGGGAGCUCGGCUGGCCGAAGCAGGGCAUCCACUGAGUCCAGCCCUGGACGCGGCCGCUGGGGCAGCGCAGGGCGGACCGCCAGGCACCGGCGCCCACGCCCAGGAAAGAAAGCUCCCAGGGCAAAGAACACAGAAUAGCCCUCUGACAUUGUCAA